AUGGUAAUAAAACGCAAACGCUCUUCCAACCCUCAAACUACUCCGUCAGUGAUAAAUCAAUCAGCAGAUGCAAAUGACGAUGCUCUGAAAUCAGAGAAACGUGGACGACGAAAGAAGAAUGACGGCGAAUACGAGAGUGGGAGCAAGAGUACAAGAAGAAGCGGCAAUGGAAAUACAAAGCGAAGAAAUGAAUCAAUCAAAUUGAAAUUUAAGGUGUACAAACCUGAAGAACACGAAUACAUUGACUCGCCAGACUAUAUUGGUGAGGAAGAUGAGUCUGUGAUAUCCGAGUCGUUAGAUCAAGCAGAUCCAAGUGAUCCCGACAAUUACCGAACACGGAAAGGACAAGGCACGUUUAUUGGGCUCUUGGGCCAAUCUCGAGAAUCAAGUCAUACAACCUCAUCAAAAAACAAUCCAACUUCUAAAAAAUGGAAACCACGGCAUUGGCAAGUGAGAAAAGUCGAAUUACAAACUACUGGUGGCGGCUUUGUCGUCCCACUGUGGAGUAUGGGAGUAAAGUUGGAACCGUAA